AUGGAGCUCUCCACCAUUUCGGGCCUGUCGAUACUCGCGCUCAUUUCUAUGCCUCCUGCAGUGUUGGCGCAGGGUCGCGAGAUAUGCUUUACCGAGAAGCGCGAUAGAUACCCCUACGCCGUGACGGAAUGGUACUGCGGCUCCGGCAGCACUUGCUGCAGCGUCCCCGACGACUCGGAGGAUGGCGAGCUGCUAUGGGGCUGCAUUGACACCGACGAGACCUGCUCCAGGGACACGUGGCUCGCCAGCGAGAACAUGGGAUUCGAGGUCACGGAUGACGGAUACGGAGACGACGGUGACGAAGAUGACGACGGUGACAGUGACAGUGACAGUGACAGUGGUGCCCGCGGGUCUGUAGCGUCGUUCUCGGCCGUGGUCUGUGGCGUUGCUGUGUAUUGGGCUGCACUGGGCAUGUGA